AGGUUCUGUUGACUUCAUCGCAUUGUCAGCCUGUGUCCACCACAGCAACGGCAGUACCGUCUGACAGGACCCAGCCAUGGAGGCCGUGAGACACUGGGUGAGCUGUCCUGUGCGCUACCAGAAACAUUUUGAACAAGGUGAUCUGGAUGAUUUCGUGGAGGACCACCAUCUGUUUGCACUGCCAGGCCCAGCUGUCCCGGACAUUAAGUCAGAACCGCUCGACCGCAACCGGCAGAGAACAGCGCCUGUGUACCAAGUGCUCCUUGACGUGUCACAGUUCAGACCCGAGGAUGUUCUGAUUCAGGUGUAUGAGGGCUGGCUGUUGGUCAAGGCCCAGCACGGAGCCAGAAUGGACGAACAUGGUUUUGUUUCUCGUAGUUUUAUUCGACAAUAUCCCCUUCCUGAGACGCUGCAGCGGGCGGGGGAUUUGAGGGCAAUGCUGUGUCUGGAUGGGAUCCUGGUGGUGGAGUCCAAAGAGCGGGUGGAGGUGGCCCAGUACCUAUCAGUAGAAUAGGGUUCUGGCCCAAAACCCUAUUCCUGGGUAGGACGGGUGUGGAUACGACUCUCUGACUGAAUGAUACAAUUCUUUUGUUUUGGUUGAUCAUUGUAGGCUACUACUGCCUAUAGCCUACUAUUGAUUAAAGUCCUUUGAAUAGUUUUUGCCUAUAUGUUAUUAAAGUAUGUUUGAUGACAAA